GAAAGAGCGUCCAGGUCAUCUGAAGAGGUACAUAUAAACCUCUAAAGAAACCCUAGUGUGCGACUCCAUUUGGCCAAGAGAGUGCUAUAAACGGCGAGAGCUUCUCAAUCUUCUCCUCUCUCAGGCAGCAGCUUUCUCUUCAGAUCGAACAAUGUCUCUGGUUGCAAAUGAGGAGUUCCAGCACAUUCUGCGUGUGCUCAACACUAACGUUGAUGGUAAGCAGAAGAUCAUGUUUGCCCUAACCUCCAUCAAGGGUAUUGGUAGGAGAUUGGCCAACAUUGUCUGCAAGAAAGCAGAUGUCGACAUGAACAAGAGGGCUGGUGAGUUGUCUGCAGCUGAGAUCGACAACCUCAUGACAAUUGUUGCCAACCCAAAACAGUACAAGAUCCCAGACUGGUUCCUGAACAGGCAAAAGGACUACAAGGAUGGCAAGUACUCUCAGGUUGUCUCCAAUGCCCUUGACAUGAAGCUCAGGGAUGAUCUUGAGCGUCUGAAGAAAAUCAGGAACCAUCGUGGUCUGAGACACUACUGGGGUCUCCGUGUCCGUGGACAGCACACCAAGACAACUGGUCGCAGAGGAAAGACUGUUGGUGUGUCCAAGAAGCGUUAAGCAAAUGUUGCUUGUUUCAACUUGAAUUCAUCUUUGAUAAGGACUUAUUUUAAGUUUUGUUAUUUUGCACUACUAGAUUUUGGGGCUUUUUAUGAGAUAUCUUUACUGCUGUUUUAUUACAUUUUAAGACUAUUUUGUCACCAGAUCUUAUUUUCAUUUCUCUAGCAAAAUUUCCAAAUUU